AUGCUGAUGACGAUAUCAAGUGAGAUUUGCGCCGAGGUCGAGUUACCUAAAUCUGCUCUACAUGUCAUGGACUACCCUUACCAAUUUCCUUCGCCUCCGACACCAAAGAGCGUGGACGGUUUAGACGACAGCCAGUAUCAUGGCACAUCAACAUCCUCCUCCACCACAAUCUUAUCAUCUUGCCCUCCCCCCACUGAGAUUCAAGAUUUUAAAGAGCUUCAUGAGAGUUCAUGGUUUAAUUAUCUCUCGGAGAUUUCGCUCUCCCGGCUCUCGAAUGGCGUCGACCAGGCGUUUUAUACGACAUCUCCCGCUUCCUGGGUGACCAUGAAUUUACUCGACAUGAUCACCAUGGCAUGUGGCUUUGAAGAGCAGAUAGAGCGAUGGCAAGGAACCCUUCCUCACCCCAUUGCUUCUUGUUUUGACAAGUCAUUGGAUUUGUCGACAGUCAGUGAGCUUCAGCUAGCUCCUUGGCUACGCUCGGCCAACAUCAAGCUGCGUAUCUACCGCCCAUUCCUAUACUGCCUUGCCCACAGGAGAGACAAAUGCUGGCCUGUUGAUGAUGCUGUACGACAACUGGCUCAAAAGGCGGUACUGUUAUGCCUUGACCCUUUGUUCAAUUUUGGAUUGAGGCAUAGAGAUGCUGGCAUGUGGUUCAGGUGUCGCGACACAGCUUGUCGUGCACUGAUACUCAUCUGUGCAGGCAAAGUUGGGCUUCUACAGAAGAUGAAUCUUGAGCGACACGCGCAGGAAACGCUGAAGGUGUGUCUUGCACAUCUGCGGUAUUGGGAGACUGAGGCAGACGACGUUGGGUUGGCCCGUCAGGCUCUCGAGAAGGCCAUUUUAUGA